ACUGUCAAAAGUUAGAAACAGAGAUACAAGAUAUAUAUAUAUAUAUAUUGUGUGUACGUGUGAGAAAAAAGUAGUCCACUUAUUACAACAGUAUUUAGACUGAUAUAAUAGAAGGAAAGAAAUAUUUCUUAUAUUAAAUCAACAUGUCUAAGACUAAGAAAGAUGCACGCAAGAAUGAGGAACAUAGUAGUUUCUCUUCUUACACAUCUUCAUCGUCAGAUGAAGAAGUGGAUGCAAGAGAUUUAAAACCAAUCAAAGAAUAUUUGUCUGAUCGUAAGGAAUUAGGCUGUCAACUUUUUAAGUCUGUUAAACCAGAAAAGAUACGCAUGAUGUUACCUCAGAUUCUGAAACAAGCAGAUUUGAAGGAAUUGGAACAAUGGUGUGUGAGUGAACUAAACGGUAUGUCUAAAACUCGGAUAUUAUCGAUAUUAAAUGACAAACCUAUGCUGGAAUCUUCAGACACAAGUGAAACUGAAGACUCAGGACCAUCAUUAGAAAUCAUUUCUGAUACGGAAGAAUGGAUGACAGAUGAUGAUGUAUGUAAGAAGGAAGAUGAUGGGACGAAGAAGUUAAAGAAAAAUAAAAUAAAAGUUAAAGGAAAAUCACAAAUCAGUAAGACAAGCGAUACAGAUAAGUCUAACGUCAAAAAUAAAGUCACUAUUAAAAAUGAUAAUAUCGAUAAAACCAAAGACGUUAAAAUAAAAAAGGAAGGCAGUAAAGAUAAAGAAAAGGAAGGAGACAGUUUGUUAGAUUUGUUGGAGCUAGAGAUGCGAGCGCGCGCAAUAAGAGCUUUGAUACGAAAAGAGGAAGACAUAAUUCCAUCUGCCAAUUCGUCGCAAACAAAUAACACUCAAACGACUGAUAAUGAUGCUAAGAUACUACAAGAUGAUGCAAUAGCAAAAGAGGACUAUCGUAAACAACUAGAAAGAAUUAUCAAUGCUAAGCAAGGUAGCAUCGGUGAAGAUGAAGAUGUUGUCUUAGUGGUACAACCUACCCCGGUUGUCGAGUUGUUAUCUAGCGAGAGUGACGGAGAAAACAAUGAAGGUAGUGUAAAUGAUAAGUUGAAAAAUAAACAUGUAACAGAAACUGAGAAAUCUACAAGCAGUUCUAACGAAAACGUGAAGAUUAUGCAACUUCCACAAGACUCGAAGGAAAGGAAGGAAACUCAACAAGAAACAGCAUCGCAAAAUAAUACAGAUAUUGUAUUCAGAGUCGAUUUAAACACUAGAGGCGCAACGAAAACGAAAAUGUCAGAGAGAAACGUAGAUAUAAAGAACAAUAUUUUAUCGAUAUCUAUUUCUGCGGAUAACGUUGCAGAUAAACGAAAAAAAUCGAAGAGAAGGUUACGCACAAAAUCGCAAGUUGCUCCUUCUACCUGUAAUAUCGUUCAAGAUUCCCCUAGGUCCAAACGAAUUAAAAAUAUUGAAGUUACAGAACAAUUAGUUAUAAGAGAUGAAAAUGUUAACAAACAGUCGGAAACAAGUUCGACCUUGGUUGAAACAGAAGUUACCGCCGAAGAGAAGAAUAGUGCGAAAGAGGAGAUCGCAGAGGAAAGUAAAGUUGAGAAAGAAAAAUCAGCAGACUCAGAUGAGAUUAUUGAUUUAGACGAUUAUUGUGAUGUUAUGGAUAUUGACAACUGUGACGAUGAUAAAAGUCAAGAUAAAAUUAUCGUUCCUUCCCAGCACGAUAAAGAAUCCGUGUCUCAGCCUCUAUCGAGCGCGCAAACAUCGGAAUCGUCAGAAACUUGGGCGUCACGUUAUUAUCAAACUGACGAUGUACAGAACGUAAUAAAAGAAUCGAAGAUUCAAUCCGAGAUUCGGAAACGUUUGAGGGAACGUCAGAGACUAUCCAAACUGAACAAAUCGCCAAAUACAAAUUUAUCUUCCCAGACCUCAGCGAAUCAGACAACUAGUGUCGUAUCCGAAAAAGUCCCAACAGGAUCGGUAGAAGAAUACUUAGCAUUGAAGCGUGCAUCAAACACGAAUAUUAGCGUUAGUAACAGUGAUAGUAAUGUCAUUACUAUACAGGAUAAUUCUGCAACUGUUAGUUCCAUUAACGACAUAAACACGGAGAAUCUAGUACAGGAUGAAAGUAAUCCUUUCCAUCCAGAAUCUACAAAUAGUACAAACGUUGCAAUAGAAACUAAUUGUCCUCCCUCUUUACCCACCGAAGCUGUCAUUACCGAAGCUGUCACUACUGAAGUUGUUACCGCUGAAGCGAGGGAAGAAAUUACAGAAACAACAAAUGAUACAGAACCCACUUAAUUCA